CCACAGAUAGCAGACUCUGGAUAUCAACCCCAGCAGCCUGCAUAUCCACCCCAGCGGCCGCAGCCACAGGUGCCCCAGCAGCCUAGCCAUCCGCCCCAGCAGCCUAGCUAUCCACCCAAGCAGGCGCCCCAGCAGCCUAGCUAUCCACCCAAGCAGGUGCCCCAGCAGCCUAGCUAUCCACCCCAGCAGCCGCAGGCGCCCCAGCAGCCUAGUUAUCCACCCAAGCAGGCGCCCCAGCAGCCUAGCUAUCCACCCAAGCAGGCGCCCCAGGCGCCCCAGCAGCCUAGCUAUCCACCCAAGCAGGCGCCCCAGCAGCCUAGUUAUCCACCCAAGCAGGCGCCCCAGCAGCCUAGUUAUCCACCCAAGCAGCAGCAGCCACAGGUGCCCCAGCAGCCUAGUUAUCCACCCAAGCAGCUGCAGCCACAGGUGCCCCAGCAGCCUAGCUAUCCACCCCAGCAGCCAGAGCCACAGGUUCCCCAGCAGCCUAGUUAUCCACCCAAGCAGCCAGAGCCACAGGUUCCCCAGCAGCCUAGCUAUCCACCCAAGCAGCCAGAGCCACAGGUUCCCCAGCAGCCUAGCUAUCCACCCAAGCAGCUGCAGCCACAGGUGCCCCAGCAGCCUAGCUAUCCACCCAAGCAGCUGCAGCCGCAGGUGCCCCAGCAGCCUAGCUAUCCACCCCAGCAGCCGCAGGUGCCCCAGCAGCCUAGCUAUCCACCCAAGCAGGCGCCCCAGCAGCCUAGUUAUCCACCCAAGCAGCAGCCACAGGUGCCACAGCAGCCUAGCUAUCCACCCAAGCAGCAGCAGCAGCCGCAGCAGCCCCAAAGGACUUUCUACUUUCCCAAGCAGCAGCCUCAGCGGCCUAGCUACCCACCCAAGCAGCAGCAGCCUAGCUACCCACCCAAGCAGCAGCAGCAGCCGCCUCAGCAGCCUAGCUACCCACCCAAGCAGCAGCAGCAGCAGCAGCAGCAGCCUCAGCGGCCUAGCUACCCACCCAAGCAGCCGCAGCAGCCCCAAAGGACUUUCUACUUUCCCAAGCAGCAGCCUCAGCGGCCUAGCUACCCACCCAAGCAGCAGCAGCAGCCUCAGCGGCCUAGCUACCCACCCAAGCAGCAGCAGCCUCAGCGGCCUAGCUACCCACCCAAGCAGCAGCAGCAGCAGCAGCCUCAGCGGCCUAGCUACCCACCCAAGCAGCAGCCGCCUCAGCGGCCUAGCUACCCACCCAAGCAGUUGCCCCAGCAGCCUCAGCCGCAGUUGCCCCAGCUUCCUCAGCCACAGUUUCCCCAGCAGCCAAGCUAUCCGCCCAAACAACCCCAGUCCCAGUGGCCAAAGCAGCCCAGCUACAUGCACAAAUGGCCCAAGCUGCCUCAAAGGCCUUUCUACUUUCCCAAGAUGCCUCAGAAGCCACACUACCAGCCCAAGCAGCCACAGGUGGUCUUGCAGCCACGCUACCAGCCCAAGCAGCCACAGAGGCCACAGGUGCUCCUGCAGCCACGCUAUAUGCCCAAGCAGCCUAAGGUUUCACAGCAGCCACGCUACAAUUAUCCAACAUUUGCCCAAGGAGUGGCUCCCCAAAUGGCUUCCAGUGGGCAUCGCAACACUGGAGGUUCUUCAAAGACUGCUUUCAACUGAGCCAUUGUCACUUGUCAAUUAAAACUGAUCUUGUGUCCUUCAA